CAUUUUGACAACGUAGAAGCAAGAUGUUGAGAUGUUUCAACGAUGAUAGAGCGGGAUAGAUAUUGAUAUUAAGUCCUGUUUUAUUUAACCAUUGAUAAGAUAAAAGUAGUUAAAAACUUUGCAAGAAGAAUCAUCGACUGAAGUUUGGUUCAGUGGAGCUGGUAUAAGAAAAGAUGUCAGCUGGAAUGGUUUCCGUGCCUACUAUCGUUCCAUUGAAAGCCCCUGGAACAGGUCGAAAAUGGGAGAUUGACACAAAAACACCCAUCGAAAUGUCAAGCAGCACCAAAGAUACCAUUAUUUACUACACUGCCGACGGCAGCAAACCAGAGCCAUUUAAGAAAAUCGGCCAAAACUCGACAUACAAAUAUACGAAGCCAAUUUACCUUGGAGUAGGAAAAAUCACACUAAAAGCCAUGGCUGUGUUGAGUGACAGGUCGAAGGAAAGCAGCGUAAACACAAAAAUGUUCCAGAUUCGCGAAGCACAAUACGAAAUUGUAGAAGACGAAGAUGACAAUGAUGAUUUUGAAGUUGAUGAGGAUGAAUAUGAAAGUAGGGAACAGUAUCAGUCAUUAAGGCAAUCGUUUGAAAACAGCAAAAUAAAUGAAAAUGACUUUGGAUGGGGAACUAAAACAAACUUUGGGUCUACAUACGGAAAUCGUGCAUGGAAAAAAGAUACCAAAGAUUUUGCUGCAAAGGGUACGCAUAAUAAUCUAUUAGAACAAAUAUGCUUUUCUGGAGAGGAUGAUUUUAGGGCAAUGAAAUCUAAAGAGUUUUCAAAAGCAGAAGACAGUGGUGUGCGUAAAGUUUUAAAUGGGCUUGAGUUGCAGAAAACACAGUUUUCUGUUAGAGAUGAAGGAAAAUUUGAUUAUGAUAUGAUGGGAUCCAAUUUUGCUUACCCAAGGACAGCAAUGCCUCCUAAGAGUGGUGUUACAGCAAAAUAUACUGAUGAUGAAUUUAAUCUGGCCAGAUGCCUUUACUGUCAUGCAGUUAGGCCUGCAGACCCAUAUGCAAGAUUCUGCAUUGAAUGUGCAGCUGCAUUGCCCCCAGUUCCAAAUAGAAGAUCUGUUCCUCAAGAUGAGCAAUCAUCUGUGACCUGUCCACUCUGUUUUGCAAAUGUCCCAACAAAUUCUGCAACUUGUCCUGUUUGUCAGAAGAAUUUUCAAGAAAAAAUUCAAGAACAUUCAGCAUUGAAUGUUGAAAAAGUAGUUUGCUUGCAAUGUGGAACUUUGUCUCCAUCUGGAAGUCGAAGAUGUGUAGUUUGUGAGAGUUUGCUACCAGUUCAAAAAGUGUUUACCCAGCAUGUUGUAAACAAACCACCACAGCCAAGCAGAGAAUCCUUCUUGCAAUGUUCAAAAUGUGGACGAGUAAACAGCAUUGAUGCAAGAUUUUGUGACUGGUGUGGGGCAAAGCCAUUGCCAUCCAGCUCUGUUGUUACUUGCAUCACAUGCAGAACUAACAAUCAACCAUAUGCCAAAUACUGUGCUGCAUGUGGCCACAAUAUUGCUCCUCCAGCACGUCCAGAUUAUAGUUCCCUGUACCCAAACCAAAGAAGUGUUCCAAAGACAUCAACUUUUGUGCCAUAUUCUGGAGACCACGCAAAAUGGAUUUCUCUUUCAGCACCAUUGCCAAAAGCAGAUCAAAAGACAUAUGGGACUCAAACAACUGGGAUUUACUUUCCAUCUUCAAGAACUAUUGAUGCACAAUGUAAAGAUGAAGAAGGCAGUAGUAAACCUAAAAGACCCUUGAGUGCAAUGAGUCCUGGAAAAGGCUAUUGGCGACAACAAAUUGACCAUGUGUCCCAGCAUUUGAAAAUCUUUACACAAAAUAACAUCGAAUUCAGAGAUUCUAUAAGUCAUUUAAAAAUUGGUAAAUUGUUGGGAGCAAUCGCUCAGGAGGAACUUAAUGGACAGGAGCUAUGCAUAACCUUGUCUUUCAGCUUGAGAAAUAAAGAUAAGCAUACUCUUAAUGCAACCGCUAAGGCUGUGCAGCAUGGUGCUGCUUUUAUUAAUGCAUUGAAAAAUUCAAAGAACUCCAAAAUAACUAGAGGCGAUUCAGAAACUAAAAAGAAAAAGAUAAAGAAGAAGGGAAAGAAACAUAUGAUAUCAAAGGAUGCAAAACUGUCUGCAGAAACAGUAAAACUUUUCAAAAUGUUGUCAGAUGUUUCUGAAGUGGAAAUUGAUAUGAUAAAUGAAUUAAUAGAUUCUGGAUGUGAUGUGAAUGCUGUGAAUUCAGAAGGCUUUACACCUUUGAAACAAGCAGUUGAAAGUAAACACACUGGCUGUAUUCAAGUCCUUGUUGAUGCUGGUGCAAAUGUUGAUGCUAAGUCAGGCCCCAAAGGAAAUACAGCACUUCAUGAGGCAGUGAGAUUAGGUUUGGAUGGAACUGAUGCUGUAGAAAAGCUUCUUGAUGUUGGUGCAGAUCAAGAUACAGUUAAUGAUGCUGGGCAAACUCCUUAUGACCUUGCAUUGAAAAGUGGGAUUGAUAGCAUUAUUACCAAGUUUACUGCAAAACUAGGACAGGAUUUACUGAGUCAAACUAUUAGUUAACUAACAUUUGUAAUUCAUGUCUCUGUGAGAACAGAGGAUUUUUUCAAAUUUCUAGCAUUUUUCAUAUAAUUGUGUAAUCAUAAAUUGAUAUGCAAGUUAAAAGCUAUUUUGCACAAAUUUAUAUGCAAAUUAAAAGCUAUUUUGAAGAUAUUUAAACAUUUGAUAGACCAGUGGUGGUGCCAGGGGAGGGCUAGGGGGGCUACAGCCCCUCUGUCAGAAGCAUCUAGCCCCCCCCCCCAUCGGAGGAAAUUUUAGGUUAUUGUCGGAGCAAAUUUGACAAAAUAACGUACAAAAACUGCUUAUUUUAGUCGUUUUAGCCCCCUGUCGGAAGCUCCAACCCCUCUGUCGGAAGAUUUCUGGCACCACCUCUGUGAUAGACAGCACAGAGUUAAAUUGAGGCAGUAUUGUUUGCAGAUAGCACUAGUACUCUCACUUCUUCAUUAAUCACCGUCAAACUGCUAUGUAAUGUUCUUGCAAAUAUUAUACCUUCUUCUUUAUAUUUAAUCAAAUAUUAUACCAGAUCUUUAUAUUUAAUGACAUCAAUAGCAAGGUCUCUUUUGGAUGUACAUGAUAUUCUAUAAUUUAAUAUUAUAUUUUUUCCAAUUAUAGAA